GCUGCUAUAGCUGGAGGAACGGAUUGGUGUUUUGGAAUAGCAGCUCCAUGUGGAAAGGGUGUGAUGUUGUUGCAAUAAGUAUUAAAAGAAAACUUUAUCUAAUGUUAAUUGUAGUUGGAGGAAGAGGGAUCUGUGCAAAGAAAGUAUGAUUUCAGAGUAAAACGGUUUAUUUAAUAUACGGUUUUAAGAGGAGAGACCCCUUUGAGGUGAGAGGCUGUAUGAACAUACUGUGCCUGUUAUUCCUCUUUGCUUUCGGAGUCUGGAUGCAAUAAGAGUGACUCGUUUUGGAGUUGUAGACCUUGCUAGUCCUACCUGGAUGAUGGUGUGCAAGACGAUGCACUUUUCAGAGUCUCCUCCUGCUGCCCCAGCACCUCUCCGGCCGCCUGUGUUGAACUUGUUCCUCUUUGCUCUUGCUUUACUGGGUCGUGCUGCUGCAGAUGACUCAGACCUAGCCGAUUUCAGUGAUCCUCCUUCACAGGUUGGAAGUCCUGAUCAGUCUGUUCCCACAACCAAAGGAUACUUUUUGAUCUUGGAGGAGCCUGUCAACAAUAUCACCAUAGUGCAGGGACAGACGGCCACGUUGCAUUGCAAGGUAUCUGGAUAUCCCUCUCUUAACAUCAGGUGGCUGAAAAAUGAUGCACCAGUGGUUCAGGAGCCACGAAGAAUUACAAUAAGGAAAAUGGAUUAUGGCUCUCGACUACGGAUUCAGGACCUGGAUACAACAGACACUGGCUAUUAUCAGUGUGUGGCCACGAAUGGGAUUAAGACGAUCACUGCUACUGGCGUUCUCUUUGUAAAACUUGGCCAUUCUCCAACACUCAGUCCAAGUCAUAGUGACCAGGAUGAGUUCCAUGAAGACGGUUUCUGUCAACCAUACCGAGGCAUUGCAUGUGCAAGAUUUAUCGGAAACAGGACUAUCUACGUGGACUCCCUCCAGAUGCAAGGAGAAAGUGAAAAUCGAAUCACUGCUGCUUUUACUAUGAUUGGUACAUCCACCUACCUUUCUGAUCAGUGCUCCCAAUUUGCAAUUCCGUCUUUCUGCUAUUAUGUGUUUCCUCUCUGUGCCGAAAAUCAGCCCACCCCUCGGCCGCGGGAGCUGUGUCGGGAUGAAUGUGAAGCCUUGGAGAAGGACCUCUGCAAGAAUGAGUACAUCAUUGCAAGGUCUAAUCCAGCCAUUCUACUGCAGUUGGGACCACCAAAGUGUGAAGACCUGCCACUCCCUGGCACCCCUGAGGCUGCGAAUUGCAUGAGAAUUGGCGUGCCGCUGGAAAAACUAAAUCCGAAUCACCAGUGCUACAAUGACAGUGGUACUGAUUACAGAGGAACUGUCAGUGUCACAAAAUCUGGAUAUAGCUGCCAACCUUGGAAUUAUCAGCAACCCCAUAAUCACCACUACAACAGCCGUGACUAUCCAGAGUUGGGCGGUGGACAUAAUCACUGUCGAAAUCCGGGAGGACACAUGGAGAGCCCUUGGUGUUUCACUGUGAAUGAAAAUGUUCGUCUGGAGCUCUGUGACAUUCCUGCUUGCAGUCGGAACGAACAUGGCAAAAUGGAAAUCCUGUAUAUUUUGGUCCCUAGCAUAGCGAUUCCUUUGGUUAUUGCCUGCCUCUUCUUCCUGAUAUGUAUGUGCAGAAACAAACACCGUGCAGCUACAAGCACACCUCAGCGUCGCCAACUCAUGACUUCUCCUAGCCAGGAAACAGAAAUGCCUCUUAUUAACCAGCACAAACAGGGCAAGGUAAAGGAAGUCAACCUGUCUACUGUGCGUUUUAUGGAAGAGCUUGGUGAAGAUCGGUUUGGCAAGGUGUACAAGGGACAUUUAUACGGCACAUCUCCAGGGGAACAGACACAAGUGAUUGCCAUCAAAGCACUUAAAGACAAAGCAGAGACAUCCCUUAGGGAAGAGUUUAAGCAUGAAGCUUUGAUGAGAGCACGUUUGCAGCAUGCAAAUGUAGUUGGAAUGCUGGGUGUAAUUACAAAGGAACAACCCAUGUGCAUGAUCUUCAGCUAUUCUUCCCACAGUGAUCUUCAUGAAUUCCUUGUGAUGAGGUCACCACACUCCGAUGUUGGUAGCUCUGAUGAUGACAAAACUGUAAAGUCAAAUUUAGAACCUGCUGAUUUCCUGCAUAUUGUGACACAGAUAGCAUCAGGAAUGGAAUAUCUUUCUGGUCACCAUAUUGUGCACAAAGAUCUUGCCACACGGAAUGUGUUGGUGUAUGAUAAGCUCAACGUAAAAAUAUCAGACCUUGGACUUUUUAGGGAAGUGUACUCUGCUGAUUAUUACAAAUUUAUGGGCAACUCUCUACUUCCAAUCCGAUGGAUGUCCCCAGAGGCCAUCGUGUAUGGUAAAUAUACAGCCGACUCUGAUAUCUGGUCCUACGGAGUGGUACUUUGGGAAGUCUACAGCUAUGGUCUGCAGCCAUAUUGUGGAUAUUCCAACCAAGAUGUUAUUGAAAUGAUCAGAAAUCGUCAAGUGUUGCCAUGUCCCGAUGAUUGUCCAGCAUGGGUAUAUACUCUUAUGCUGGAAUGCUGGAAUGAAUUCCCUGCUAGAAGGCCACGAUUCAAAGAUAUUCACACCAGAUUAAGAACAUGGGAGAGCCUUUCCAAUUACAACAGUUCUGCUCCAACCUCUGGAGCCAGCAACACAACACAAACUAGUUCCCUGAGUACAAGUCCUAUUAGUAAUGUAAGUAAUGCUAGGUAUGUUGGACCCAAGCAGAAAGCCCAGCCUUUUCCUCAACCUCAGUUUCUACCCAUGAAAGGACAAAUUAGACCUAUGGUCCCACAGCCCCAGAUAUACAUACCUGUUAAUGGUUAUCAACCAAUGCAACCGAUGACCUAUGGGGCUUACCUGCCCAAUUUUUACCCAAUGCAAAUCCCUGUACAGAUGCCUCCACAGCAGAUGCCUCAGCAGAUCGUCCAGAAAGCUGGGUCACAUCAUAGCGGCAGUGGUUCGACCAGUACAGGUUAUGUGACAACAGCACCAUCUAAUGCUUCGAUGACAGACAGGGCUGCUUUACUGGUAGAGGGUACAGAUGAAGUGCAGGCUGUAGCGGAAAAAGGAUCACAUAGUGCUAGGCAGGAAGAAGAAGAAGUGUCUGUACCAGAAACUGAGCUGCUGGGAGAUGUUGAUUUGCUUCAUACUGAUGAAGCUGACAUAGAGUCAGAGGCAUAAUCACAACUAUUAAGAAAUUGAACUAGAGCUGUGUUCUUAAAGGCUACAUCAUGUGACAUUAAGCUGACAGCAUUCUCUGCAGACUAAUAGUGAAGUCUUUGGAAGGCAUUCUUGGUCUCUUUCUGAAUUCAUGGCUGCAGUAGAAAGUUCCAAGAUGUAACAGAGCCUCAAGUGCAAGGCAGAGAUGUAGCAUCCAUAUUUGACUGAUCUUUUAUAUGCAGAUGGCGUCAUGGGGAGGUGCAUCAGCACAAAUGGAAAUUUCUGCAGGGGUGUGUGUGCUUCAGUGAUGCUCUGUGGUCAAGACUGCCUUAAAUUAAUUGUACUGUUGCUGUGCAACAUUGCCUUGUUAAUGCUGCAUGUUAGGUAUAUUGUAACCUACUGUAUAAGAAUCCGCAGAUACCAAAUGUGACUCACAGGACCCUUCGACAUGAGACAGAAAGUGAGUAAUGACAUUACUAUGGUACAUAGAAAUCCAAAUGCACUGUGAAAUUAAGAAGCUUUGAGUUAUGUGCUGGGGAGGCCUGAAUAUGUCCAUCCUGAUGACCUUAACUGCUUCUUGAUGAUCUCUUAGAAGUAAACAUUUAAUGUAGCAAAAUGUCCAAAAAGAUGUGGACUGUGCUUUAAAUUUAAUAUAAUGUAAAAUAUAGAGAGCUUGAAUGCAAAACUAAAUGUGAAUCCAAGGAUUAAAUGAUGUUGAAUUCUCUCUAAAAAUGCAGUAAAUUGUAUAGGUAAUCUGGAAGUACAAGAGGCAUUACUUUUAUUGAGAGGAAGGCAGACUGCCGUAGCGAAAUACUAUCUGGCAUAAAGUGACACAAGGACAUUUUGGUAAUAAGAUGCUUAAUAAAUAAAUUGACAGUUGUAUCAUGUUAUGCACUAAAACAGGAAUCUAAGCCCUCAAAUAUAACCAAAUGUUGGAUAUACAGUUUGUGAAAUGUGGAAAGCUGCUUUGCAAACUAAGUAAAAAGAGUUGAAAGAACCUGAAUGUUCACAAAAGUGACUGCAUUUGUAGUUAAUACUGUUAAUAUCCUGUCAUUUGAGAAGAAAUGGAUUCUUUAUAGCCUUUUUAUAGUUUUUAGUAGCUGAAAGAAAGCAAGAAACACAUUUUGCUUUUUCUUCCACUUUCAGACAUGUACAGAUCUUUAUAGCAUAAUUUAUAUGUCUUACAGACCCUUUUAUCUUUGAAGUAUGUAAUAUUGAAACAGGUUCUGCUUUUUAUUUAUCUGUUUAUGCGUUCAAUUUUUUUCCUCUUAUUGAAUGAUUUUACAUUCCCUUAUUAAAUGAUUUUGUAUUUUUUGUAAAAGAAAUGCAGCAUACACAUGGUCCAUACAUUUCGAAAUAUGUAUUUUGUUUUGUAAAGCACACAAUCUGUUUAUAUCAUUGUAAUCAGCUCACAGUAUAGCCAUAUAUUUUGUAAGUCCAACCUUGUGGAUUAUGUAUCCAAUAAAGUGAUACAGUUAAAAUGCAAA